AUGGCCCGCCCCGCAGCAUAUUACCAGCCACGGGCUUCCUACAUUGGCAUCAAGAACUCCAUGGGCCCUGGGCAUAUGACGCCCUCGCAGUUGGCUGCUAGUGCUCAACAAAACUCAGUGCGCGAUUGGACACACUCAACGUUCAGGUCACCGGGACUCCCAAGACCGCAAAGCCCAGAAGAAACAAGAACCUCUUCCGAUCAUGCUCUGGCCGUGCCAGCUAACAAGUCCCGCCGAGCCCAAUGCAAGCGAAAAAGAGGACGGGGAAGCACGGAUCGCGGGGAUGAAAAGCUUCGGACGCAAAAGGAGCGGCCAAGGAUUCAACACGGCCAAGACAAGAUCGAGAUUCGGCAGCUACGCGAACAGCUGAGGCAGCAGAAGCAGUCUCAUCGGCAGCAGGAGCAGUCUCAUCGGCAGCAGGAGCAGUCUCAUCGGCAGCAGGAGCAGUCUCAUCGGCAGGAGAAGGAGGACAUGCGGAAGUUUUGGCAUGACCGUCAUGCCGAGGCGUCUUCCGUGGUCAGGUCAGUCGAUAUUCUACGUAACGCUCGUCUUACCUCGAGCGCCUGCGGUGUAUGA